CUUAGCCAACACUCAUGUGCUCACACCUGUGGCUUCAUGUAGUCCUCAUGUAGACUACAUCUCCUUAGCAUCAUUAUAUGCGGUCAGUUCACCUUCAUCAUGAUCAUACAUUAGGCUGUUGGAUUAUUUGUCACCUGUGGUAUAAUCAGCUUUAUCCUGUCUUGUGUGGCUAUCUCAUCAUGGCUUUUUCAACGUGUGUGGAUUUUUGCCUCCUCCCCCUUUGAGGUGUUAUCAGACGAGUGAACUGUGUAGUUUCAUUUUAUCAGAAACAGCCGGACAGGGCCUAGUGAGUUUCCCAGCAGACACCACAGAGGAUUCAUUGAAAGUGUCCCAGGAUGACGGAGUGGAGUCCAUGCGUACAGGCGCAGCAUGACAUUUUCACCUGGUUUACUGAGUCCCAGCUCGGGUCUCUGACCAGGAACGGUAUAGUCCCUGAAUGGUUUCAUGGGAUCAUUUCCAGGAAGACGGCAGAGGAGCUUCUGAUGUCCAAGCCUCCAGGUUACUUCCUCAUCAGAGUCAGUGAGAGCAGGAUUGGCUAUACGCUUUCACUCCGCGCAGAGGACCGCUGCAGACAUUUUAUGAUUGACGCGUUGGAGGACGGUCAUUACAUCAUAGUAGGGGAGACGAGACGUCACCGUUGUCUGCAGGACAUGGUGGACUUUCACCGAAGGAAUCCCAUCAUGCCUUUCAGUGAGGUGCUGACUGUAGCUUGUGGACAGAGCUCAAAUAACAAUACCGACUAUGCAGAACUACUGUUUCCCCAAAGACAUCCAAACUCUAAUGCGAGUUUGCUGCCAAACAACUCCCUGCAUGCCAACACAAUUCUCCCAGAAUCAGGAGAAAAAAUCUCACCUGCACUUCCUAAUCGGCCAAAUAACAUGAAGACCCCUGCAAUCUCGAAUACGGACAGACUUUACCCUCAAUUGGAAGAAGAAUUUCCACACAUCAGCUUCCCUCUUCAAGCCACGCCUGUGCCAAUGAACAGGAACCACCAGCCUCCUGAACUUCCUCAUAGGAGCUCUCUUCCUCUGAAGCAGAACCCGGCCUGUACCAGAACAGUGUCUGCCCCUGACCGCCGCUCCACACACACAGUCACUGAUCAUCCAUCCAGCACCCAGAGGAACCAGCAAACAAAGCCGUCAGUGGUCACAAACCUAAAGAACUUCAAGAAAAAAUUCCAAAAGAAGAGGAGCCUGUCACAGGAGUUAAUGAACACAGAAAUGAACAAAGAGGAAACUGAGAGGAGAGGAAACACUGAGAGUGAGUACCAGGAGAUCCCAGGGGAGCAGAGCUUCAACAGUCCAACAUUUUCCCACACCUGCCCUGAUAUGACACUGACGGGUGGAGAGUUACCUCAGGAGUACAGACAACCUCCACCUUUUGCCCCAGGCUUUUAAUAUCAAACCGCUUUCUUAAAUAAGAGCACAGAUGGAUUGAUCGAGGGAUUUUUUGAUUAACACAACUGAACUUUGCCUCUGUGCAAUGCCUGUCAGCACCUGUGUGUCCAAUUGGACUCAAAGCUGAUCGUUUGCUCUUACUGACAUUGUUCCCUUUUUUCUAGAUCCUUGCUUGUGUUGUACUUACUCUCUGAUGUACGUCGCUUUGGAUAAAAGCAUCUGCUAAGUGAAUUGUAGAAUUGUAGACUACAGCCAAGAAAAGGCAAAAAAUAAAAAAUCCAGCCCCAAGUGGGAUCAACAGAACAUUCAAAAUCUUGUUUUAUUACCUAGAUGUUUGUCUAAGGUAAAAUAAAUACCAUACAUUUUAAUUGAAAGUUUUACUAUUUUUAUGUGAUGCUGUAAUAAAGUUUUAAAGACUGAAGGCGGUAGUUUUAGACGCAGCAUGUAAAACAGAUAUGUGGAGGUCAUGUCAGCUGCUUUGAAUACAUGAGUUGUAGGCUUCAGUCUCAUAUGUAAAUGUGUAUAUGCAAAGUAAAGUGAAGAGUGCAGAUACUUUAGAAACUUUUACCACAAGUAAAAAACAUGCAUGUGAGUCAAAUCGUUUUUGGACACAGAAAAGAUAUUUAUGAAAAGAUAUAGUUUUUGUAUCAAAUAAGUCAUUUAUUUUUCUCUUAAAAAUAGGAUGAUUUUAAUGCACCUUAAACAUGUAAUAUUGAUUAUGUUUCACUUGCAGGUCUAGAACUGUGUAAGUAAGUACUGCUAAGAAUCUUUUUUGUAACAUGCCUUAAAGGGAUACUUCACCCAUUGAAACAUGAA